AUCCCAAUCAUCCAAAACCCUCCUGUCAAGAUGCCUGUUACCGUUAUCACCUCCUUCGCCCAGUUCAAAGAAAUCAUCAACGGCGACAAGCCUGUUGUCAUUGAUUUCUGGGCCACCUGGUGCGGGCCUUGCAGGAUGAUCUCGCCCGUUUUUGAGAAGCUUUCGAAUGAGCAGGAUUACAGCAAUGUGGCAUUCUACAAGGUCGAUGUCGAUGAGCAGGAGGAAAUCAGCCAGGAAGUCGGCAUAAGAUCGAUGCCGACUUUUGCGGUCUUUUACCAGGGUAACAAGGUUAAUGAGCUUAUUGGGGCCAAUCCUCCUGGUUUGCAGACUCUGAUUCAGGGAGCGGCUGCUCUCUAAAGCUGGAAGAAUAAAUCCCGGGUAUUGUGAUUGUAUAUAAUCUCGAUUAAAAUGAUGAUACCUCGUUUUAACAAUAUCUGCUAUUUCGUCAUAACCUAGUAGUCAAACUAGUAUGUAUGCUUAACAGAUCUUUCAGAUCGAUGAUCUUGGU